AAAACCUAAGAAGAAACUCGCAAAACAAAUUCUUUCUAGCUUUAUCUUCCUUCUUCAUCUCUUUGUUCAUCGUAUUUGUUUUGAUUCUUCGUUAUUAGCUUUCCUUCUCCAUAACCAUAGUUCGCAACUCAUGUGAUCUCAAAACCUACAUCUAAGAUAUAUAUUUCAGAAAGAAGAAAAAAAACAAGUUUCCUGUUGAACGAAGUUGAAUCUCCAUAACCCUAAUCACUUCUCCGUCUAUCUUCUUCUCGAUUCUCUCUUCUUUUUUUUUUUUUCUGAUUUACUAUUGAUUUAUUUUGUUUUUCUGUCGCAGCUGAUAUACUUUGAUAGGGAAUUUGAAAAAGGGAGUAAUUCUUUUGCCAUGCAAUUCUCAAAAGGAUCAGAUACGAUUCAUAAUUUGUUGGUAAACCCUAACCCUAAUGUGUGUUGAUUUCAUUUUCGAGGUAAGUUAUUUUCUCAAAAAAGCAUCUAUUCCAGUUAUUUUAUCCGCCGCAUCCCUUCCUCUUCCUCGCUCUUUCUUAGUCCCCUCCCGGCUUCUGCCUAUUUUUAAUCGUUCUGCUUUCUUUUUCUUUCUGCCAAUUGAGUUAUUUUCCUCUUCGUAUAUUGUAAUAUUGAUUCAGUGUUUUAUUGAUUUGUUAACAGCUGCGAAACGAGAAUUCUCAACCAGGUAUGAAUUUGCUUUCGAUUUUCUUUGUUUGUUUGUUUGAAUAAUGUAAAUUAUGCAAUGGACAGGAUUAGGGUCUUUAAUUGGGGUUAUUGGUCAAUAAUAUUAAGUUCAAAAAUAGCUCUAUGUACUGUGUAUUAUGCAGCUUCCAAUAGAACGGAGCCAAGGAAAAGUAUCUCUAUCAAGCAUUUUUUACUGUUUUUUUUUCCUGAUUUACUUUGCCUGUUUACCAUCUUAGAUUGAAUUGAACGUUGACUUGAGGUUUAUGCUGGCAACUAGGAGGAUCUUGGUAGGACUUCCUGUAAGUUUACACUUUCUGUAUGGGUGAUAGAAAUCAAGUCACCUGGAUAGCGUAUGUAGAUGUAGUGAUAUCUAUACUAUAGAUGUUUGCUACAAAAUUUAGUCUUCGUGACUGUUAUGUGCAAACUCUUUUGUGUUGUCCACUAUAUAGUUAGUUAGGUUUGCUAAACAUAACGUUGUCAGGACUGAAUUAGGUCUCCUGGCAGGAUCAAGAUAUUUUUGCUUUGUAGGUACCUUGAAAGCGUACUGAUUUGUACUAAUGGUUGCGGGAAUGGGAGCGCAUAUGAUAAUAGAGAAUUGGGGUCCAUGUGCUAUUGGUUGCGGCAAUGAGGCAGCUGGCAAGUACUGAUUUGGAGCAAUGAUUGCUGCUACAAGUUGUGUUGUGUUUAGAGAGGCAAAUAUAAGGAACGUAGAUGAAGGUAUAUCAAAAUCUAUGUAAAUUUGGUAUGAACACUCAUUUUUGGUUCAGCACAUAUUUUAAGAUUUAACAUUUAUAUGAAACUCAAGACCAUAAGCAUGUUUGGUAUCUCCACUACGUACGUAGCAUGUCAAAUGGUAGUACGACUAUCCAGGGGAUAUUGAUAAUGCUUUUUCAUGUGAGGUAUAGCCAAAUUCUAAGCUUCUCUUAUGGUUAAUUUAUUAAGACUAAAAGUGGAAAACUGUUUAUUGGACCAAAAGUGAUUGGAUUUUUGUUUUUGCUGACCAAGGGAGAAAAAUUUAGUAAUCCAGUUGCUGACUGAGGGAGAAACACUUUCUCAUUCAUUCAUGCUCUAUUCUCCCCGCUGCAGAGAGAAAAAACUGCUGCUCUUGACUGAAAUUGGUUAGCAUUUGUACAUCUAAAGUUUGUUGCAUUGGAAAACAUAUUUCUUUAGAUGUAUUAAUGCUAAACCAAUUCAAGCUAGGAGAACUAAUAAAAUGCCAGUUUAUACUGUUGCUAAGCUAGCUUCAGCUUCAAGUAAAGGUAAUUAGUCAUAUUUUUUUAUGUAGCAGUCAUCUCAAUGUUCAUUUAUAGCCUAUACCCAUAAUAAACUAAUUUUGGUUUGAUUUUCAUACUGAUUUAGCGAGUAAAAAUCGAUUCAUAACAGUGUGAUUGGGAGUUGAAGUACUUCUGUACUUGGUAUUGUUAUGUUUUUCUUAAGUAACAAUAUAGUGGUCUGCUUACACAAUCAAAAUAAACAUUUUUAUAGUAUCUCUUAGUGUCUUCCAAUGGCUAAAUUAGACAGGGAAUAUUUACUUAAACAUCGAGUUGAUUUCCAUUAUUUCCUUAGUUUUCAUUUCUGAGUAUGUGCAUCUUUCCACUGAAUGCAGUUGAAAGAUUUACUAUUACUUUAAAUAUUUACUGAAUGCAGUUGUAAUUACUCCCUGAAUGGGUAAUUUAAUUGUAGUGAAAAUCUGAAAUUUACUUCCUUAAUCUAGCAAUCAUGUGCUCUUUAACUCUGUUAAUUAUUUUAUGGGUAUUAAGGUUCUGUAGCCUGUAGGUGUGUUUUGUCAUGCAUAUCAUGUACGAUUAGGCAUAGGCCUAAUUUAAAACUAAAUUGUUUUAUUGAUUGAUUCUCCGUUGCUUCUUAUGACAGUGCAGUAGGUUGAGUAGUGGAGAUAAAAAUUUGGUCAUAUGUACUCUUUCCCUUUGCCUAAUUCCCUGCUUUCUUCAUACGUAAGGAGAGCACUGUUCAGGAACAAACUGAUUGUCAUGACAUCUAAUGUGGUAUCUAGUGCUAUAUAUAGCAUAUUUCCAGUAGGCGCCAGAAAAAGAACGCCAUGCAGUUAUUUCAAUUUAGAUUGUACUAACAAAAUAAAAGUCUGAAGUCUAAUGUAUUUCUCGAAUCUGCUCAACGCUAGCGGCACUGUUUCUCAAAAUUACCGUGAAAGAAUAGUGUUUGUGGGGUACAUAAAGCAAAGCCCCAACUUUUUUGGCGUAGAUAAAAGGAAAGCCCCAACUUCGACUUUUCUUUGGAUGGAGAAUCUGAGCCCGUGCAGUUACAGAGAGGAUGUGGUGCAGAUUACAGAGAGGGUUCUUACUACGCUAAUAUAUGAACUACUUUGAGUACGUGCCCACAAUGUCAUUUUGGUUAUCGUUGAUGCAGCCAUAUUAUGGAAUGCCAAUGAGUAUUACAGCCAAUAUUCCUUCAUGAUAUCUUAUAUUUUCCAACACUGAUGGAGCAUUAGUGCACCAUAUAUAUCUGGACCUUAUCAUAAGCAUGCAUAUUUUCUGAUAUUCGGAUAUUGAUGUGGUUACCUUGCAGAUCUAUAAAUCUCACUGAAAUGUCAUUCUAUGCAACUGUGCAUACCUUUUAUAUUGAUCUGUGUAUCGUAUGUAAGUACCACAAAGACGUGAUAAAUCUGGAAGAAGUUGAGAAGAGAAGGAAAAAGAAGGUUGGAAAUCAAGCUUACCUUAAUUCAAAUAUGUCCAUACUCACUCCAGUGAAGUGUACCUCAUGUGAAAGAUUGGAGUCCAAGAUGUUUGGAUUUAUAAGUAGACACUGGUACUCACUGGGCUUCACAAAAGGGACAAAGCUCUCUACAAUGGAUACAAGACUGAAUGCCAAAAGUAGUACGGAAAUUUUGAGACGUUUGAGAAAAGGUGCAAGACUAAGUUUGGAGCAGGAGAAUAGAACAGUAGCAGAUGAAAAUGUGGUUUUAUGGACCAAGUUUAGUAAGUUGGUAAAUGUUGCUAAAUGUUAAUGGCAUUGCAUUUGCUUCUGGAAGCAUAGCAUGUGGGUUUCCUAGCUUUUUUCAUAUUUUAUAGAUGCUGCGUCUACUUACAGAACUUGCACACUAAAUGUCGGCAUCAGGGUUGUGUAAUGCAGUCUUUGGUGCGUUGUGAUUGUUCCUCUCAUGACACCUUUUUACGUCUUUGGAAACACUAGCGACGUUAAUUCUCAUACUGAUUUAAUAGUAAGUUGUAUAGUCUCUUUGCCAUAAAUUACUGGCUAGGGUACUCAUGCAGAGAGUGAAAGAUCCCCAUGUGCAAGAAAAGGAUCGACUAUAUUAAGUGAUGAAGGAAGACACCUUUUUGAAGCCAUAUCACAGCCAAUCAAACUUCAAUACAUUUAAGGAUAUUAAUUAUAGAAUCAUUAUGUAUACAAUAUACUUAAUCCUUAAGCUCUGAAAAUGUAUAUUUCGUGAGAGUAUAAUGUCUAAGUUCUUAUUAGUUUUA